UCAACUACUAAUUGGUGUCAUUAUUGGGAUGAAUGCCUCUUCUAAAUUAGAUUUCGAUGCUAUUUUGUUAUUACAAUAUUGAACUACAGAAGCAUUUGGUUAAAAGUUCAUGAUAUCCCUCAAAAUUUAUCACAAAUGGAAUCUGUUGGCCCAAGUCACACGUCCGAUAAAAAGAAAGUUUUAUAUAAAAAAACAUUUCAAGAAGCUGGUAAAACUGCAUCUGCGAAUAAGAUAACAAUUGCAGAUUCAAUUCAGCUCACUCCUUCACUGUUCAUGCUGCAUUAUGAAAAAAUAUCUAAGAAUUGCAAUAUUUUCAGAGGUUGGCAGGUCCAUGACAAGUUUGGAAAAGUUCCAAUUGCUAUUAAGUCUAUUGAAUACAAUACAAAAAAUGAACAAAAAGUUAGGAACAUUUUAGAACUUCAAUCACACUCGAAUGUGAAUAAUAUAAUUCAAACAGGGACAUUCUAUUCUGGUCCCUUUAAACAGAUAUUCAUUGCUAUGGAAUACCGUGGAUUUCAAACUUUAACACACAGUUUUAAAGAUCCUGAGAAGCCCAAUUCUAGACAGCUCAAGCUCAAUCUAGUAAAGCAACUUAUUGAUGGUGUGGCUCAUCUUCAUACAAAUUAUAUAGUACAUGGGUAUUUACAUCCGGACAAUAUCUUGGUAUCAGACGAUGGACAACAUAUUAAAAUAAUAUGCCUAGGAAAGUACAGUCAAACAUUUUUUUUUACAUCGAAAAUGGGAGUGAUGCAAGAUGAAGAUAUUUGGAGCGCACCAGAAAUACAAAACAGUGACCGUUACAUUAUAACAAAACAAACAGACUUAUUCUCAUUGGCACUUGUCAUUUAUUACAUUUUGACUGAUGGAUCUCACCCAUUCGUUGAUUCCGAUGAUGUCAGAAAGAAAAACAUGAAACUAUAUAAACAUUUAGACUUAGCCCAAUUAGAAAGUGACAUGAAAGACUUAUUAUAUUGGAUGCUCAGAUUUAAUCCACAUGAGCGACCAAGUAUGGAACAAAUCCGGGGACAUAAAUGCUUUGGUGGUGAAGUUGUCUGCCCGUUCCCAGAACAAAGUUCCAUAGUAGGAACAGCUUCAACAAAAGGUAUCAUAUCGAGGAACAUGUAUGGAGAUACAUUGGGAAAACUAAACCGCCUGAAAAUAAAUGUAGAGAUUGAUAACCUGCAAAAAGAUCGUACAAAUGUAACUCACGUCACCACUUCUCUGUUCAUGCUUCACAAAGAAAAAUUUUCUAAGUGUGGUGAUGUAUACAGAGGUUGGCAGAUUCACGAUAACUUUGCUAAAACAAAAAUAGCCCUGAAAACACUUGAGUAUAACAAAAAGAGUAAAAAAGAAGUUAGAACUAUGUUGCACCUCACACCCCACCCAAAUAUAAUAGAUAUUAUUCAAUGCGGCAUUUUCUAUAGUGGAACACUAAAAAGAAUAUUUAUUGCAAUGCAAAUAUUUGGUUCCCAAAAUUUAAAAGACUUCAUUAUGAGAUCCAAAACAUCUAAGAGUGAACCCCUCAAACAAACACUGGUAAAACAAGUCAUUGACGCCAUAUCUCAUAUCCAUCGAAAUAACAUUAUACAUGGUGAUCUUCAACCUGAUAAUAUUUUAGUAUCCGAUCAAUUUCAAGUGAAGGUCAUAGAUUUUGGAUCAUGCUUAGAAAUAAAUAGUGGCGAAUCUACUACAGCUUUGAAUGUGGGGAGAAUUGGCACAGAUGGUUGGCGGGCUCCCGAGGCAUACAAUGCCGGUACCAUCUCAAAGAAAGCUGACAUUUUUUCCCUUGCACUUGUGAUACAUGUUAUAUUGACUGACGGAUUCCACCCAUUUGGCAUGGAUUCUGAUGAAUGGAAUAUUAACAUAAAACAAUACAAAGGGUUGAACUUGAGCAUAUUGGAUAAUAACAUGAUAGAUUUGCUCAGUUGGUUGCUCAGAUUAAAACCUCAAGAGCGACCAAAUGCAGAGCAAAUCCAGCAGCAUAUAAGCUUUGGGGGUAAAAUGGUUUGCCCUUUUCCUAAAGUAGGUGACAUCCAAUCCAAUAUAAUAGAAGAGCGAAUCUUGGAACUACAGCAUAAGCAUAUAUGGGAUAAUGAAGAUGAAAUGAACCAAGUACAACCAGUAAAGCAGGAAUUAAGGUUGAUAGAUUCAGUUGAGAGUGAAGUUGAUUUAAAUGAUUACCUGACCAUCAGCUCUGCUGAAAUGUCCAAUGGAACUCCGCUUUUCAUGCCAUCAUGGUGCAUGCAGGUUGGGGAUGCAAAAACAGAAAAAGUCACCAUUCAUGUUCUCCAACAAAAGGAAAAAACUUUAAAAUGGGAAAUUACUGAAAGAUUAUAUUUUAGUAACAAUCCAAAACUUAAAAUUCAAAGCAAAAUAGUCCCUGGACAAACUAAAGUCGGGAUUCCCUUAAGCCCGAUUAAUCAUGAUAUAUUUAAAGUAAAAUGCCAUUGGUUUAUUUUUGCACAUUUGAUAGAACAAAAAUACAAUCUAGGCUUUUCAUUAGCUGAUUCUCUAUGGCAAGAUUCAGUUAAUACGAAAAUGGUAUCAGAAAAUUUCAAAAUACUCUUAUCCUUCAAUACUUUCGUCGCUAAACUGAAUGACAACAUCAAGUUUUAUAUCACUUGUCCGACACAUGGACGCAGCAAAAAAAUUUCCACAUUUUGCAUAGAUCAACUCCUUACAAAACAGAUAUCACCCAUGUUCCCAAUUUUAUUGCCUUGUCAUAAAGAAUGCAAACAGACUGAAUGGAAUUGUCAGCUUGUGAAAAGCAGCUUAGGAAGCGAUGCUGAUACAGAACUGGGAGUUGAUGAUGACAUUCUCGUAAAUAUUCCUACCAAUUCUGUGUUUGAAACAGUUUCUAAAGCAUGGCGUAAUGUUAUAUAUGAGAAAAAGCCUUCUACUCAUCACAUUGAUGAACUUUGCUCUGCCAUCACCUAUUCAUUGCAGAGAACAGGGAGAAUACAGGAGGUUUACAAUGAAAAAUGUGGCUAUGGACAAAAUGAAAACGAAUUGCUAGCUGCAUCUGGUAAAAUAUAUGAAGACAUAAUUCAUGUGGAAUGGCAGCCAGAUGAUACUAAUUUUCACAGAUAUUCUGUGGAAAUUUACCACAAUAAUAUGCGUGAAAAAUAUUUUGAAACAAAAGCGAGAUCUUUAAGACACAAACUUCUUGAUUUCAACAAGAUUUUCAAAGAGUAUAUCUUCAAAAUUAGCGGAAUUUAUUGCUCUGGAUGUUCUAGUGAUGCUGCUUUGUUAAUGUUUUCACAAUCAGAUUCAGUGAAAAACGAUACAAUGAAAGUUGUAGCUAAAUCAGCCAAUAACUCGAUUCUUGUGACGUGGCCAAAUACCCAAAUGGUAAAAUUCUAUCGAGUCCAAGUUUAUGGUGACGAUUACCCAGAAGAUAUUUUUUCAACAACUUCACGUGUGUUCCAGUUUAUGGAUGUUCAGCCAUCAAAAUUAUAUUACUUUAAAGUUCAAGCAUUUCAAACCACUUCCAUUAAGAAUGAAGUCAUUAAAUGUGGCCUGUCAAAUUGUGUGCUCCUUAACACAGACUCUGAUAAUUUUCAAGAAGUCAAAGUUUCAGUCAUUGAAGGAGACUUUUUCCUCAGCUGGAAUCCACAAGAAAACCUCGAUCAGGAUUACGUUGUAUCAGUCUUCUACACAGAUAUGCUAUUUCAUGAGAUACAAACGUCAUCGCCUGCUGCAAGAUAUACUCCGCAUCAACCAUCCGUGGAAUAUUUUUUCAAGGUUCAAUCUGGUGAUUUCGAGGCCUUUUCACAGAAUGUGACAUCAGCCCCUGGCAACGUAGUUUCCUUCAUCAAAGAAAAUAAGAUACAUUUAACCUGGGAUGAUGUGAAAAAUGCUUCAUUGUCUGUUCAAAUUAGAGUUCUUCAUCAUGGACAGGAAUCAGGAACAUAUAUUGGAAAAGAUGGCAAAUUCACUCUGAGCACGUUUCAACCAGCUUCAACAUAUUCAUUUCAAGUUUGGACCAGAGACAAAUUUGGUAUCGAUAGUGCUGUUGUCACUACCAAUGAGGUCAUUACUCCCAAUCAAGCAGCCAAUCUCGGAAGGGGUGAAGCUGGCAUCAAAAGCUUACCAGAGACAUACCUUGGCCAGAAUAUACAUGUUUACCUUAAUACACCUUUAAGAGAAGGUUACAAUGUGUAUGAAGGAUAUGUUGAUUUUGGCUCAUCUCGCAAAAAAGUUGCAGUUAAAGUGCUGGGAAUACGAAGUCGUCAGCAUGCUUAUCGAGAACUUAUUCACGCAAUGGAACUGCGUCACAGAAACAUUGUCGAAUAUAUCAGAUCUAGUUCAUCUACAAUGUCUACAGAGAUGUACAUUGCUAUGGAACUGUGUAUGGUAGAAACACUGCAUGAAAAAGUUUUGAAUAAAACUUUAAAAGAUCUUAAUAUUGAAUACAAAGAUGUAUUGUACCAAAUAUCAUCUGGUAUUGAAUACAUGCACAAAAUGGGAACCUUACACAGGGAUCUGAAGCCGCAAAACAUUUUAAUCUCUUUGGAUGGAAAGACUAUUAAAUUAUCAGACUUCGGUUUAACUAAGAAAAUAUCUCAUAAAACCCAAGCCACAAAAUCUUCACAUUACAUAGGAACACAGGGUUGGGCAGCACCUGAGCAAUUUAAUGCUGAAAGAAAAACAUUGUCCACAAAAAGUGAUAUAUAUUCUGCUGGGUUAAUAUUUUAUUUUGUUCUAUCAGAAGGUGAACAUCCUUAUGGAAAAGAUAUGCGUAAAUGUCAAAUGGCUAUGGUAGAGGGGGCAGAGUAUGAUAUGUCUCAUUUAAAAGGACCUGAAGUUAUACUUGCUCAGGAUAUCAUUUCAAAAAUGAUUGUAUAUAAUUUAGACAAUAGACCCAAUGCAGAAGAGGUGCUUGACCAUCCCUUUUUCUGGACGGUUUCUAAAAAGUUGUCAUUUGUUUUUAAUGUGGGUAAUUGUCUGGGAAGAAGAAAUUUAAACAAUAUAUUGAAUGCUAAGUGGAUAAAAAAUCAUAGUGAUUGCUGUAAGUGGAAUGUAAAUGAUGCGAUUCUUAAAAGAAUUUUGCCCCCAAGCUAUAGCACUCGUUACAAGUCCCAUAAGGUUACUGAUCUUGUACGCUUUAUACGUAAUACAUAUCUUCACAACAGAAAUAACAUUUUUAAAUCCAUGCCCCAUCUUUAUUCGUAUUCUGAAGAACAUUUCCCUCAUCUUUUCAUUUUUUUGUAUAAUGAAUUCAAAGUUUUUGUCAGAGGGCCAAUAGACCCAAUGAUACCAUAUUGUUUUAAAAAAUUUUUUGAUUUGUCAUAAAGUUUACCGUACAAAAGAUUUAUGAUAGUUGUCUUUGACUAAUUUAUAUUUUUGAUCAAUUCAGUAUUCAUUAGCUGCAACUUUAAAUAAGAGUAAUUUUCGAAAUGUUAGUCCACAUGAUAUGGGUUGAAGGUUUAUAUGGAUUUUUAAGCCUGGUAAUAAUUGAUUUUAGUUUUUGGGAACUUUUUGGGGCAAAAUUUGCAAUUAUAGCACAUUUUGUACUUUUUUUGAAACAAUGCAAAUAUUUUUAGAUUAUUGUUACAAUGUUAUAUACUGUAUUUUGAAUUUUUAUCACAAUUUACUAGCAUAUUGGUCUAUAGUUUGAAUAUUAAUUGUGGAACGAUUCAUAGUCAUAAAUGAAACUACUUAUGCACGUUAUGUACUUUAUUGAGACUCCUAAAUUCUCUAUAAUCACUUUUUU